UUAUCUGUGCAACUACAUGCAAGAUGUUUACAUCUGAUCAGAGUUGUAUUACAUGUGACAGUGACAUGGGGAAUAGUGUGACAGUGUAAAUAAUGUUUGACUUGGAGAAAGUACUUGUUUUUGUAGCUCACCUAUCACACUCACUAUUUCCUAGAAGCUGUCAUUUAGGAAUUAUGUUAUAAAACUGCUUAUAUUUGACGUUCCGUCUAUUAAUAAACACCGGUAAUGGAUCAUAACAGCAUUUCGUGAAGCAAUAGAGUGUGGGCACCAGGUAUUGUACCAUAACGUAAUCCAACCGAGUCAGGGGCAAAAGACAGCAUAAAAUUGUAAUUUGCUUAGUAAACUUCUUCAUAUGUCAUGUGUAUUACCCAAAUCAGACAGACACCUUAGUUCUGUGUGUAGAUAUUUUAGUAACCUUUAUACAGCUGUUUUAUAGCUGGAUAUACAGAAAAAUUAGGUAUGGCUGUCGCUCUACGUAGAGGUACUAUUGUCAGCGAAUUAUUCAGGAUAAAGGCAAGAAGACCUUUAGUUUGUUUAUAUAAAGCCUUAUCAAACACUCAGCCAGCGAUCAGUGUACUAACAGAGAAACAGGAAAGUCUGUUGACACGUAAAUUAACAGACUUAGUGAAGUGGUAUGAAGAAGUAACUGGAAUGGAUGAAGUCAGGCGAGCGCAAACUAGGGUACUUGAAGCUGAAGAAAAGUUUAUAGUCGCACAGGAAAGGAGGAGAGAAGCAAAUAAAGCUGUAACAGAAAUUCAAACCCAACUGAAGGAUAUACAUGCUGCCUUGGAUAGUACCACGAGAGGAGAGGAUCGUUAUGUUCAGCUAAUCACACAAGAACAUCAAAUACUGAAGGAAGAAAGGAAACUACUGACUGAAUUUCAACAGUUAGAGAGGGAAGAGAGAGAAUACUUUUCCAUGCUUUCUUCAGCGGUUAAGGAAAGUCAUGAACAAGAGCGAGCACAAGCUGAAAAAACAAAAUACUGGUCAAUAAUUGGUUCCAUUAUUGGAACAGUAAUUGGAGUUGUUGGGAGCUCAGUUAAUAAUAGAUUAAAAAUGAAGGAAUUGCGGACAUUGAUAACAGAUUCUGUUGCAAAUAAUAAUGACAGUGUAGGACUUCGUGCAGAAAUCUUGCCAAAGUAUGAGGAGGAGCUGUCUAGUGUUAUUGAUAAACUGAAAACUGUGGCAUCACUUUCAGAUGCUGAAGGGAUCCAGCAGUUGAAAGAUACGGUUAACAAACUGAAUGAUGUAACCCGAGCUGAACGCCACAAAAAUGUUGGUAACACAGAUGUUAUUACAGAUGCUUUGAACAAACAGACAGUAAUUAUAGAAAAAAAAUUGCAGGAGAUAAAAUCCACAAUACCUGUGUCUCACAUUCCGACUUCGGAAUUUGCAAAUGACAAGAUCACUGUUGUCACCAUUGAACAUGAACAGCAACUACAAAGACAGCAGCGUACAACACAAUUACUAAUUGUUGGAUCAGCUAUCCUUGUUAUAACUGUACCUCACUUGCUUAAAUAUGUAGGACUUGUGUAAUGUUAUCUGUGCCAGUUAAAAAGAAGGUAAUAAUGGCAGCCACUGUGUGUGAAGAAUUGUUUAUGUUGUAAUUCUAAAUUGUUACCACAGUGUUCAAUGUUACUACUUUACAUACUGAAGUUAUGCUUUGCAAAUGUGUUGUAUUUUCUGCCAGCAAUUAGUAACAUGUUUUGUGUACAGCCAAUAUGUUGACAUUUUUUUCACAGUGCAGUGAAAAAGGAGAAUGUGUGUUCUGUGCCUUAAAAAUGCUUAAAACAGAUGUAUUGGUAUACAGCAGAAUAUUUCCUCUUCUGUGCACUACUACAACUUUAAUUUUCUUGUUGUGUAUGUUACAUAAUUUUUAUACAAUUUUGUUAUAUCAUAAAAUGGCUCAAGUCAUUGCAAAAUGUGAGUGCACACAGUGACAUAUUUCUUGAUCAUGUAACCAGUCAGCGACACACAGUAAUUGUAACUGCCCUUGAAUUAUCAACGAUGGACAGGAAUAUAUAUAUAUAUAUAUAUAUAUAUAUAUAUAUAUAUAUAUAUAUAUAUAUGUGUGUGUGUGUGUGUGUGUGUGUGUGUGUGUGUGUGUGUGUCAGAGGGCCAAGGAAAAUGCUAUACAGUGCUGCUGCAUUAGGAGAUGCAUCUGCCAUCUCAUGAAUAACUUGCUCCCUUAACAUAGUCUGAUAAUUUAUUGUAUGAACUGCAUUUUAAAUAAUUUAGCAUGAGUGGCACCAUUAUUGUAAAUUACUUAUAUUUUAUAUGUACAGUGUAGAUGCCUGAGUAGUAAGGGAAAUACAAUGAUAACUGCCAAAUGGAACUUCUGAGAUAAAACAAAAAUAAACUUGCACAAGAGUAAUAAAUGAGAACUAUAUAUAUAUAUAUAUAUAUCCCUAUUUGUCUUUCACACCCAUUGAAGUUAACAGAGGCAGUGUAACGAGUCCAGUAUGGGAUAUAACAUGAGGCAUUUUGCAGGUGUUGCUUUACAUUGUUGAAUAUAAAAGCCUGUCUCUAGAAAGUAUCUAAGUAGUGAGAGCGAAUGCAUUGAUACAAAACAAGAUAGUUAAAUCAGUACUACAUAAAUGGGACCACUCAUCUGCUUGCUGCAAAAUAAUGAAAUUUUUACAAAGGUUUUUUUUAUGAUUUAUAGGAGAGAAAGUGCAGCAGUCACAAAAUGUACAGAAUUCUUCCUUGCAAAUGGGUAUUUGUCCAUUGUGCAGUAUUACACAUUAGAAAUGUAACUCAUGUUUAUUGCAUUCCAUUUAGUUAUUCUGAGGGACCUCACAUUGUUUUCACACAUGUAAUCCAUCAUGACAAUUGCAGUAUCUGUUCUGUGGCCAAAUUGUACAUCUGUUCAGUAAUAUAAUGAACCAAUACUGUUCACCAUUGUUGAAACUUUCAUACCACUAUGCUUAGAAGGUCUUAAAUGUGUGACAGAGAAUGAGUCUGACAAUAACAUAGGCAUAUUCAGGUUUCACAAAAGAUAUAUAUUCAGGCAUUUACAUCCUCAGAAAGUGUAUCUCAAAUAAAAACUUAUGUCACGGCAGUAUUUAAGCCUUUGCAAAUAUUACUAAGACAUUCAUUACUUAGAUCACUAAUAGCAUCAUUGUCAUUUGGAACAAUACAGAGUUUUCACAGAUGCUCAAAAACCAAAAGAUGAUCUGUAUGUUAAAUGUCAUUGGUGUGGUCUUGUUUUGUACGGCAGAGUUUCAUGCUGCUCUGUGGAUAAUGAGGUUUUACUGGUGUCUCACUUGGUCAAGUAGUAUUGUUGACAAUUGUUAAUGGCACUUAUCAUUAUGUUCCCUAAACUUUUGUUUUUAAUUUGAACAUAUUUCUCAAGAUGGGCAAAUUAUGUGUAAAACAGCAUACUGCACUGUCUUACUAUAUUGGGUUUUAUUUGUAUAAUCAUAUGGUUUAUAAGUUUUGUUUAAACAUGAUAUGAACAGGAUUCAGAUGUGCUCAGUAGUUAUGUACAAACAAAUAAAUGCAUUUAUAUUUUGUUCUUAAAUGAGAA